AUGGAUCAGUCACUGUCUCUUAUAUCAGCAACUGUACAAAUCACAGAUUCGGGUUUAGCCCUAGUACAUAUUCCGCUGGAACUGUAUCCCUUCUUUGUUCAACCACUCCUCCGUCUUCUUUAUUGCGAUAUACCUGCGAUCAAUAAGCUCGCAGAGGAGGAAGAAGAAGAAGAAGAAGAAGAAGAUGUAGAGCGUGCCAGUCUCACGCCGUUCAACCUUGGGUUUAUCAACUUCUCCCUGACCCCUGUCGAGUGUUCUGUGGUAUGCUCUCGUCAACUGGCAGAGCGGUUUUUCAUACCGCUUGCAAACAAAUUCAAUAAACUUGCUUCUUCAAGUCAAAAAGUUUGGAUUAGUGAUGAUGACUUUAUUGCUAUGCAAGUUGAAGGCCAGGGAUUGGACGCUGGUCGACGAGUCCUCGAGUUGACCGGCCCUCUUGCUCUUGCGGGAAUAUCUAUUUUUUUCAUUUCUACCUACUUCUCCGACUACAUUCUGGUUCCGACUAAGUCAAAAGACCAGGUCAUCCACACCUUGUCUAGUCAAGGAUUCACAUUCGAGACCGACUCGGACCAAUUCGUCAACAACUUCAACAUUCAAUCUCCCCCAACUCCCGGCCUACAGUCAUCAGUGAAUAUUUCACCACCCUCUACACCCCCGCCAUCCACUGUAAACGAGCUCCAAACGCGGACCUUUGAGUUUUUGCGAAAGAACCGUAUUAUCCCUCGUGUGGACCAAACCGUUCAGCUAGUGCAAUGCUCCGCCCACCAUCGUGAUGGUGACACUGAGUCAUCUGCGGCCAUUCUCCGAAAUGCACUCACGACUGCCCUCCUGGUCGAUCACCCCCGGUUUUUGUCAUUAACAUUGACACCCGCCGACCCAGCUGCAUCGUUAUUACUGGAGAAGCGCUUACUGCCACGCUUCACGUUGGAUCCUAGCAUGCAUUCAGACGACGAGGAAAGCAGUAUCCUUCUUGGCUCGAAGGAAGAUAUCUUGAUUCCUAUCACUCUCGACCUACGUGAUGUCCCUAUUGACGCGACUGGUAUCGUCUGUGGUGUUGCGGGUCGCCUUGCUGAUGCUACUGGCCGCAAUCGCGAUCCCUACUCAGGCGCAGCCAUGUCCGUCGUCAGUUCUCCAGCCAACGAAUCCAAACGAUUCUCCUUUGGAUCUGCCAACAUCGACGACUUACAACUAUCCGACAGCGUCAGCAGUUUGGCUCCAAGUACCUCUUCUGCUAUCGGCCUAAAAGCCCCGGAUUUCAUCUCCGACAUUCCCCCACCAGGUUUUGAUACGUACAACCCGGCAUAUGACCGGAGACCCUCUCAUGACGCCGUCAACUCCACAAAAUCCACGCCCAUCCCACACCAUCACAUAGAACCGGAGCAAUACGGCGAUGCCGUCGAGAUUAGUUUCCUGAGCACCGCUCGUGCCGGAACCGUCCUCGUCUGGGAGCGCGAAAUCAACCUCGCUGUCCAAGCACUUGAUGCCGAAAAGACCCAGCCCGCACCCGUAGAUGCGGAGUAA